GAAUCUGAGCUUCGCUGGAGGGAGCAGGAGGGUUUGCAUCCCAGUGAAAGCACAGGCCCUGCCGGCUUGGGAGACAGCCCUGUACUGAAGCCUGAAGGGCAGUGAGGAGUUCCGCGACUUGGGGUGGGCUGUGGGGAGUCAGAUCCCACAGUAGAGCUGCGAGCGCACAGGCAGGGAGGGGUUUGGUGUCUGCCUUGAAGUUGAGGGAGUUGCUGCAGAAGACCUUUCCUUGCUAGAGGCAGGCUGGGGGCGGGACAGGAUGGGGGUCAGUGCCAAGUAAGAGGGUCCAGCCGUGGCCCUGGGCUUCCACACCUGCCUAGGCACCGUCCCCCAGGCUCAGGGUAAGUGAGAACAUCUCAAACUCCCCAUGCCAAAAGGGAGAGCUCAGGUGUCUCCUGCCACUGCUGCUGCCAACCCGGCACCCCCCUGGCAUCUGACCUCAGGGACAUAGCUCCUGACCCAGCAGCCCACGGAAGGAGAGGAAGAAGGGGGAAGAAGUUGAAGCUCCAGGAGCUGACUUAGCCCCAGACACCUGACCGGAGUGGCACUGCAUGUGGCUGUGUGCUGGGCUGGCCCUGCCUCUGUGCCAGCAAGUUCCCGAUCUCAGGGUUCCACCAGUUUGGGCAACACGAGCUUCAGAGGAACUGCUUGGGAGAGGGGUUAUAGGCUUGGCAGGAAGUGGAGGCUGGGGGCCUGGGCCUCUCUUGUCCAAGCAGCCUGAGGUGGCACAGAAAGGCAAGGGCGUAGGGGGAAUGCUAACCGCCUGGGGUGCGUCAGGGGCACUUCCGUCUGCCAGGCAUUCCACCAGACCAGCUCAUCUGGCUCCCCGGGGCUCAGGAUGGGCAGCAUCCACUGUGUGGUUGGCUGAGGGUGGAGGGUGGGGACUCAGAGCAGAGGUCCGGUCCAGCCAGCCCCGGGGAGUACCAGCUAGGACAGAGAUACAGACUCACAAUCACUGGACAGAACACACCACACCCCAGGCCCACAGGGCACCCGCGCACUCCGAGGGGCCCAGCCAGGGUGGCUGUAUUCCGUUCUUGCACUGCUGUAAAGAAAUAGCUGAGACUGGGGUAAUUUCUAAGGAAGAGAGGUUUAAUUGGCCCGUGGUUUCGCAGGUACAGGAAGCAUGGCUGGGGAGGCUUCAAGAAACUUACCAUCUUGGCGGAAGGGGAAGCGGCAGGUCUUACAUGGCUGGAGCCGGAGGAAGGGGUGGGGCGGUGCCACACGCUUUCAAAAAACCAGAUCCUGAGAACUCUAUCAUGGGGACAGCACCGAAGGGGGAAGUCGCCCCCAGGAUCCAGUCACCUCCCACCAGGCCCCACCUCCAGCACCGGGGAUUACAUUUCAAAGUGAGAUUUAGCCAAGGACCCAGGACCCAGAGGACCUGCACAAGCUCUGGAGGGGCCGCCGCUCCCCUGGCAUCUUCGCUGCCCGCUCCACCCCUCCGGACUGCCCCAAGCUCACCCAGUCAUGCCUGUUCCAGGGUGUCUGACAGAGCCAGCGUGCAGGGGGCGGAGCUAGCCUCUAGCCCCAGGCCCAGUGGGGAGCGACUGCCAUUUGGGGGCUCAAUCAGGCCUCCACUCACGGUGGGGCGCAGACUUCUGGACCAUUCGAGGACCUCCUCAGGGUUGUCCACAACUGCCCUGAGCCCCCUGGUCAACAGGAGCUGGUAGUCAGGGUGAGGGCCCUUCUCCCCCUUUCUUUGUGGAUCUGCCAGCUUUUGGGGAUCCUGUUCCCAGGGCCCUGGUGGGUACAGUCACACCACAGGCACUCAGGCUCCAGGUGGCCACUCCCCUCCAGCAGCCCAGGCAGGGGGGCCCCUCAAAGGCCCAUUGUAGGCACCUCCGUGUGGCUCCCCAGCCCCCACAAGCUCACGCUCGCACACGCGCCACCACGCCCAUCCGUGGUCCCGCCUGUGGUCCCGCCUGUGGUCCCGCCUGUGGUCCCGCCUGGGCCAGCUUCUAGGUCAGUCCUGGGCACAACUUCCCAGGAGGAGCAGUGACAGGUGCUGCAGGCAAGGGCCGCCAUGGCUGGGGGUGUGUGGGGCCGGGCCCGGGAGGCUCCCAUGGGGGCUCUAACCCUGACAGCACUGACUGAAGGAAUUCGAGCCAGGCAGGGGCAGCCCCAGGGACCCCCUUCCACAGGCCCUCAGCCCAGGUUCUGGGAGCUCAAACCUGAAGCUGAGCCACAGACCCAGGCACUCACUGCCCCCUCUGAGGCUGAGCCUGGACGUGAGGCCACCGUCCCUGAAGCUGGCAGCGAGCCCUGCUCCCCCAACAGUGCCCUGGAACCAGCCCCUGAGGGGCCUCACCAGGUUCCCCAGAAUUCCUGGGAGGAGGCAGUUCUUGCCGACCUCGCAUUGUACACGGCUGCCUGCCUGGAGGAGGCUGGCUUUGCAGGGACGCAGGCGACAGCGCUCACCCUGUCCUCAGCCCUGGAGGCCCGAGGGGAGCGGUUGGAGGACCAGGUGCAUGCUCUGGUGCGUGGACUGCUGGCGCAGGUGCCCAGCCUGGCGGAGGGGAGGCCCCGGAGGGCGGCCCUGCGAGUGCUGAGCGCGCUGGCCCUGGAGCAUGCGCGGGACGUGGUGUGUGCGCUGCUACCCCGCUCUCUGCCCCCCAAUCGGGCAGCAGCCGAGCUCUGGCACAGCCUAAGCCGUAACCAGCGUGUAAAUGGGCAGGUGCUGGUGCAACUGCUGUGGGCGCUGAAGGGUGCUUUGGGGCCUGAACCCCAGGCGCUGGCGGCCACGCGGGCUCUGGGGGAGAUGCUGGCUGUUUCAGGCUGUGUGGGAGCCACGAGGGGCUUCUACCCACAUCUGCUGCUUGCGCUGGUCACACAGCUGCACAAGCUGGCCUGCAGCCCCCGCUCCCCCGACAUGCCCAAGAUUUGGGUUCUGUCCCACCGAGGGCCACCACACAGCCAUGCCAGCUGUGCCGUGGAGGCGUUAAAGGCCCUACUCACCGGGGAUGGAGGCCGCAUGGUGGUCACAUGCAUGGAGCAGGCAGGAGGCUGGAGGAGGCUGGUGGGAGCCCACACCCACCUGGAGGGUGUCCUGCUGCUGGCCAGUGCUAUGGUGGCACAUGCCGACCACCACCUGCGAGGCCUCUUCGCAGACUUGCUUCCGCGGCUGCGCAGCGCAGACGACCUGCAGCGCCUCACGGCUAUGGCCUUCUUCACCGGGCUGCUGCAGAGCAGGCCCACCGCACGGCUCCUGCGGGAGGAGGUCAUCCUGGAGCGACUCCUCACCUGGCAGGGAGACCCCGAGCCCACCGUGCGCUGGUUGGGCCUGCUGGGCCUGGGCCACCUCGCGCUGAAUCGCAGGAAGGUGCGGCACGUGAGCACACUGCUGCCGGCACUCCUGGGCGCACUGGGCGAAGGCGACUCGCGGCUCGUGGGUGCAGCGCUGGGCGCCCUGAGGAGGCUCCUGCUGCGGCCACGGGCGCCUGUGCGGCUCCUGAGCGUGGAGCUGGGGCCGCGCCUCCCUCCGCUGCUGGAUGACACACGGGACUCAAUCCGCGCCUCGGCGGUCGGGCUCCUUGGGUCUCUGGUGCGCCGGGGCCGGGGCGGGCUCCGGCUGGGGCUCCGUGGCCCCCUGCGGAAGCUGGUGCUGCAGAGUCUCGUGCCGCUCCUGUUGCACCUGCAUGACCCCAGCAGGGACGCUGCUGAGAGCUCAGAGUGGACCUUGGCCCGCUGCGACCAGGCCUUUUGCUGGGGCCUGCUGGAGGAGAUGGUCACCGUGGCCCACUAUGACAGCCCCGAGGCCCUGAGCCACCUCUGCCGCCGCCUGGUUCAGCGAUACCCAGGCCACGUGCCCAACUUCCUGAGCCAGACCCAGGGCUACCUGCGGAGUCCACAGGACCCCCUGCGCCGGGCAGCUGCCGUGCUCAUAGGUGAGGCCGCCCGGGGUCACACUGCCCCUGGCACCAGGGCUGUGGGAGCUGGGCCAGUCCCACCCUGUGGGGCUGUGGGGCCCGCAGUCAUGCAUCUGCUGUGGUCCAGGCUUCCUUGUCCACCACGCCAGCCCCGGCUACGUCAACCAGGACCUGCUGAGCUCCCUAUUCCAGGGUAAGGCCCCACCUUGCCAGGGGAUGGUGUUCUGGAGAGGUGGCUGGUGCUAGGGCGGAGUGGACGGGAGCGGUGGGUGGAGGGCCCGG